UUGAAACCGAAGCUGAAACUGCAACUACUCUUCUCCGAGCAUGGCGUCGUCCACGCUGGGCACUUUCUCCGUUGCGCUCCUUUCUUCAACUUACCCUUCUUCUUCAUCAAACCAUUCCUUUCAAUCUCUGUCCCUCACAUCAGGCCGCAAGUUGUACGGAGGAAUAGGAAUCUGUCGUAUCAAGGGAACCUCUCAAUUUUCUGUUGCCAGCGUUGCCACUGAAGUCAACUCUGUUCAACAGGCUCAGAAGAUUGCUGCUAAAGAAAGCCAGAGGCCAGUGUAUCCAUUUCCUGCAAUAGUUGGACAGGAUGAGAUGAAGCUUUGCCUUCUCCUUAAUGUGAUUGAUCCCAAGAUUGGAGGUGUCAUGAUCAUGGGGGAUAGAGGCACUGGUAAAUCCACAACUGUCAGGUCAUUGGUAGAUUUGCUUCCUGAAAUCAUGGUUGUUGCCGGCGACCCUUAUAACUCAGACCCAGAGGAUCCAGAGUUCAUGGGCAUUGAAGUCCGAGAGCGAGUCCUGAAAGGAGAGAGCCUUCAGGUUGUCUUAAGCAAGAUUAACAUGGUUGAUUUGCCAUUGGGAGCUACAGAAGAUAGAGUCUGUGGAACAAUUGACAUUGAGAAAGCCUUAACUGAGGGUGUUAAGGCCUUUGAACCUGGGUUACUAGCUAAAGCUAAUAGGGGAAUCCUAUAUGUGGAUGAGGUUAAUCUUCUGGAUGAUCACUUGGUGGAUGUCUUGUUGGAUUCUGCUGCUUCUGGUUGGAACACGGUGGAGAGAGAAGGUAUCUCAAUCUCACAUCCUGCUCGCUUUAUCCUAAUUGGCUCGGGCAACCCUGAAGAAGGGGAGCUCCGGCCGCAACUGCUGGAUAGGUUUGGAAUGCAUGCUCAGGUGGGGACUGUUAGGGAUGCUGAGCUUAGAGUGAAGAUUGUUGAGGAGAGAGCUCGAUUCGACAAAAACCCAAAGGAGUUCCGGGACUCUUACAAAGCCGAGCAGGAGAAGCUCCAGACACAAAUUUCCUCAGCAAGGAGUUCGCUUUCGUCUGUUCAAAUAGACCAAGACCUCAAGGUGAAAAUCUCAAAGGUUUGUGCAGAGUUGAAUGUGGAUGGUUUGAGAGGAGACAUAGUCACAAAUAGAGCUGCAAAAGCUCUGGCUGCUCUGAAGGGAAGAGACAAGGUGAUUGCAGAGGAUAUUGCUACUGUGAUCCCUAACUGCUUGAGACAUCGUCUUAGAAAGGAUCCAUUAGAGUCAAUAGACUCGGGUGUUCUUGUCAUUGAGAAAUUUUAUGAGGUAUUUAGCUGAGGGUGAGGGUCUAUUUGCUAUGGUAUCUGAUGAGCAUAUUACUACAUUAUUCUGAAGUUUUCCCUUAUUAUUUAUUUGGGGAUUUUUCAUUGUUCUAAACAUUUGCAAGAUUCAGAAACUCCAUGUAAACAGGAAAUUUUAUAUUCAUCUGUGUCUGUAACUUGCUAGAGGUAUUCUGCUAAGUUUAUGUACCAUAGUGAGGGAAAUAUGAUUGGCGAAGUUUUAAGCUUUUCAGAGGACUCGACAAGAGUUGAACUUUAGUGCUUGUUAGCAUAUGGGGGUAUUCACUCUAACCUUUUCUGCCGAGUUAUCUACUUAUUCUAUUGAAUUUGGUUACAUAGUUUUCUUCA